AUGAACGCCAAGCGCCGCCAUCUGGCGCCCGCAUCGGUCAUGGCCGUGGACCACAUUGUCCACUUGAUCGUCCAGUGCAUUUCCUCGCCGCAGGACGUCGUCGCCUUUCUACGUGCUAUACCCGCGCCGUUGCUCUCAGCACCGCUCACAGCGCUGCUAGCACUUCUCUCGACGUCGUCACCGACGGUCCUCGGCCAUUGGCCCGCGAUGAUUCUGGAGAGAGUCGACGCGCGGUGCUUGGACCUCGCACUUGACGCACUCGCAGCGCUGCCGGCGAUUCGCAUUUCGUCCUACGAGGCGCUUGAGCGGGCGCUCACCGGUCGCUUUCCAGAUCUGGCCGCGUUCACAGCGGCGUGGCCGACCAAGGUCACGCAUCUCGACCACGACAUUGACGCCGACGACGUCGACGACGUAAGAUGCUUUGUCACGCACUGCACGCAUCUCGACUACAUGUGUGUUCACGUGGACGCCUUUGCAGAGCUAUUGCCGUUUCUGCCGUCAAGCCUCCGUCAUGUACUGUUGACUGGCUGCGGCGACGACCCUUUUGCCCCACCGAGGGACGACGACAACGACAACGACGAUGAUGAUGAUCAUGAGAAUGGCGGUUCGAACCUCGCUCCGUCUUUGCUGCAGUGGCUUGAGAAUGGCAAGAACAACAACAAGCACGUCAGCUUUGAUGCUAAGCUGGGCAAGGCCGAGGCGGCUGCGAUUGCUAACGUACUUGCAUUGACGUCGUCGAUGGCAACCCUCGAGAUAGACGAGUCGCACCAACUCGUUCAGGCGCUUCUUGCCAGCACCACGCCACGUUUGCAUGUGACAAGCUUUCUGCUCCAUCAAGCGUCAGUCCGAAAUGCAAUGCUCCUUGUGACACGCCUGCAUCUCACCAGCCUCACGCGGCUCGAGAUCGAGGCCGUGAGUGACCUCGGCUGGGUCCUACCGCUGCUUGCGUCGAUGCCGCACCUCGAGGAGCUUGCGCUUGGCUAUGGUCAACUGCACGAGAUACCAGACGCGCUAAGCGAAGCGACUCCACGUCUGCGCAAGCUGGCACUGAGCGGCGUUGACGUGUCCGACCAAGCGUUUGACGCGCUCUUCCAGUGGACCUCUGGCUUGCAGCAGCUGCGAUCGGCCAUCUUCCGCGGCAUCUCUCUGAAUCGACAGCGGUUUUCGCUGCAACUAAUGACGCCGGGUCAAUGGGUCGUCGCCGCCGGCAUCGACAGCUUGAGCCUCGUCAGCGGCCAGACCAUGUUGGCGCCGUCGCGCGAAGGCCAUGCGAUAAGUGGUGUGACGGUCAGCGCUCUUGUUCGAGCUCUGUCACACGUUAUCAACACCACGUUGCGCUUGGCAAUGAACGUGAAAGCCGAGACGUUCAAGCAAGUCGCUCGCGAUGCCUGGCUGGACUUUGGCGUCGCGAUACUUCCUCGCGACGGCAGCGAGUACGAUCUCUGUAGCCCAGAUUAUUGUCGCUAAAACUAAGAAUUUGCACAAUCUAAAUAACGUUAUAGCAAUAAUGGUAUAUCCUUGCA